ACCACGUGCAAGUCUCGUUCCAUAAAUUUGUUAGUUUAUCCAUUUCAUUAUCUCAGAGUGGUUUGACCUCGAAAAUUGUAGUAAUCCGACAAAUAUCAAGAAAUCUUUGAAAUGGUGUUUUUUGUAUUUUGCUGUUUUCCUGGCGAGGUUCUCGUUACGACGAGAUUCGGCGGAGUUAAGAGGUUGGACCAGUUGAAACGGGGGGACGAGAUUUUGACCCUUUCAAAACGAGGUGGGGUUCCGAAAUAUACGAAAUUUUACACGUGGGGCCACCGCGAAGUGGACAGAACGACGGAGUUUAUCGUGAUUAAGACGAUCACAGGAAAAAUUCUGAAAAUUACGGGGGAUCAUUUGCUCUUUGGGGAGGGAUGCAUCACAAUGAAAGCGAAAAUGAUUAAGAAAGGCGACAAAAUUUGCACGAUAUCUCCUGACGCUACCUUGCUUGAAGAACUCAUCGUCGACAUUUCGACGGAAACGCUGACCGGGAUCUACGCCCCGUUUACGAUGAGCAGCGAUUUCAUCGCGAACGGAUUUUUGGUCGGAUGCUAUUCGAACAUUGACAAUUUCCAAGUCGCCCAUGCAAGCGUACUUCCGUUAAGAAUGCUUCACAAAGUAGACAAAUCUUGGAAAAAGCAGCAGGGCACAAACUUUUCAGAGGAACAAGAAGGACUUCACAACUAUGUCAAAAACGUGUUCAAAAUUUGGGAAAAUUUACCACACCGAGUUCAAACCGUGAUUGAGAAGUGAAAAAAUAUCUAGGAAAAAAUGAUUCUUGUUUUUGUAAUUAGUUAAAUAAAGAACAAUUUUUUAAAGAAAAAA